AUGGAUGUAACGUACACAUUCCUAGAUUAUCGUUUCUUUGCGAUGUCAUUCCCCACAUUAACUAAAUUUAAUGCCAACCUAAUCAACACGUUUUAUCGAAAAUAUUCGUCCAGUAAUCAACGAAAGUUGUUGUUUUACUGGGGGUCUGUAGGUUCUAAAAUAAAUACACAUGGAACCCUCUUGGAAACCUCAACCUCUCCUCGGUUACUAAACUUGGUCAAACUUGUGAAAACUAGAAUAGAAAUUGACGGAAUUGAGGACGUUAGAGUGACCCACAUCGCAAGUGGUUGGGCUCAUUCACUUAUAGCUUUUAAAUUAAAACCACAUGAAAACAAAGAAAUUGCGAAGGUAUUUUCAUUCGGAUUGAAUUCUUCUGGGCAAUUAGGCCAUGGCACGACCAAUGAUUAUAAUUUUAAUGAUGGAUUUGUUGAAGGACUGCCAUCAAACUAUACUGUGCAUUCUCUAAAUUGCGGAAGACUUCAUUCGUUUAUUUUAUUUUCAAAAGAAAAUGGAAAAAAUGAUUUGUUCGGCUUCGGCUGCACGAUGUAUGGACAACUUGGUUUUGGAGAAAGCAAACAAGAUUUCUUUUAUGACGAGAAUCCAAAGCUUGUAUGCUUUUCCAAGCCGCGUCGCGUUAACAGCAUCGAAGAAAAUAUUGUUCAGGUAGCAUGUGGAUUUGAUCAUACCAUCCUGUUGACUGAAAAUAGUAAUCUUUAUUCGAUGGGAUGGGGCGCCGAUGGUCAGCUUGGUCUAGGAAAUAAUGAAACCUCAGAUCGAUCUGUCCCUUCUUUAAUUCGAAAAUUCCAUAAUUCUCACAUUCGAAAAAUUGUAUCUACCACCGACUCAACUUUAGCUUUAUUGGACAAUGGUCACUUAUGGAGUUGGGGAAAUUCUGAACUGAAAAACUUAUCCUUUAAGAUACUAGAGCCAACUAAAGUUUCGGUCGAACAUAAAGUAGUCGACGUUGGAAUUGGAGGCUCUUUUAGUGCAUAUGUAACUGACAUUGGUGACGUGUACACUUGUGGUUACGGUGCACUGGGAUUAGGAGAUGGUACGAUUGAGUCUCUGAAACCCAUUCGUGUACCGGACCUCAGUAAUAUAAAAAGAAUUUAUUGUGGUCCAGAUUAUAUGGCGGCGAUUUCAGCAUCUGGGGAGCUGUUUACGUGGGGAAGUGGAGGCCCUUCGGGUAGAUUAGGUCUUGGUCAUACGAACAAUCAAUUUGUACCCAUGAAAGUCACGUUUCCUCAGGAUGUGAUUGUUGAACGGGUUGCAUGCGGAACGAAUCAUGCUAUUGCCCUUUGUACAGAACGCUAA